UGAAAAUGUAAAGAGGCAUGGCAAGGUGAUCUCGACACUGACUCUACAUGUUUUGUCUGUUUCAAAGUGUCGUACAAAGGCAGCCAUGAUUCGGAGGGGAGAGAAGGUCGUUUGAUUCAGUUUGAAGGAUUUACUUAUAUAUUCUCGGGUAAGGAUAGUUUCAAAUGACUUAAAAGGAGCACAGUAUCGUGAUCGAUUUGAAGGAAAGAUAAUCGAACUGAAAAUGGAGAGGUUUGCGGUGAGUGGGAUCGUGUUGAUUUUGGUUUCUAGUUGGAUCGUAAUGACUGAAGCUCAAUUUUCCGUCGAUCAACCAGAACACGGACGUUGUGAGCCAAUAACUAUCCCUCUCUGCAAAGAUAUCCAGUAUAACCAGACUAUAAUGCCUAAUUUACUAAACCACCAAAAACAAGAAGAAGCGGGCUUAGAAGUUCAUCAGUUUUUCCCUUUGGUCAAAGUGGAUUGCAGUCCAAGUUUAAAAUUCUUCCUCUGCACAAUGUACGUUCCCGUGUGUACUGUUUUAGAGUCAGCCAUCCCGCCGUGCCGGUCGCUCUGUGUUCAAGCUAGACAUGGCUGCGAAAGCCUCAUGAAUAGGUUCGGGUUCCAGUGGCCCGACGCCUUAGACUGUGACAAGUUUCCUUCGUCGGGUCUCUGUGUUGGAGAGAAUUCUACGGAACCAGUGGACCCUGUAGUAUCAACUACUCCAAGGAGUGGUGUUGUCACCACAAGAUCACCACCAAACCCUGACGGUGGUGGCAAAGACAAUACUGAUGACAAGGGCAGUAAUACUGAUAACCAGGAUAACCAUACAGAGACUUCCAAUCAGUUUAAAUUUGGUACCUGUCCUGAACCAUUCCAAACAGGACCAGGGACAAAUUAUCGUCUAAGAAUCGAUGGCCAUACUGAAUAUGAUUGUGGUGCUCCAUGUAAAUAUAUGUUUUUCACAGAUGACUUUGAGAAAACCUUUUCGCGAAUUUGGAUUGGAACAUGGUCCAUUCUGUGCAUUGUUUCCACGUUAUUUACUGUACUCACCUUCUUGGUAGACAUGCAGCGAUUUCGUUACCCAGAACGCCCGAUUAUCUUCCUUUCUGGAUGUUACCUCAUUGUUGCAAUAGCAUACUUAACUGGAUUUAUUAUACAAGAUGAGGUAGUGUGUAAUAGUUUUAGAAGAGAUAUUGAAAUAGAAUCACAAGAUGAGAAAGGUACACCAAUUAGAAUCACGGACACAACCAAUACUGUGCCAUUUGUCACUCAAGGUACCAAGAAAGAAGGUUGCACCAUUUUAUUCAUGAUGGUUUAUUUUUUUGGCAUGGCUAGCUCAAUCUGGUGGGUGAUUCUCACACUGACAUGGCUCCUGGCAGCAGGAAUGAAAUGGGGACAUGAGGCUAUCGAAGGAAAUUCUCAGUAUUUUCAUCUGGCUGCCUGGGCUGUCCCAGCAAUCAAAACAAUAGCAAUUUUAGCAAUGGGGAAAGUUGAAGGAGAUGUUCUGAGUGGUGUUUGCUACACUGGAAUCUUUGACACUGACGCCUUAAGAGGUUUUGUCCUGGCACCUCUAGUUGUGUACUUACUUAUUGGAACUUCUUUUCUCCUAGCAGGAUUCGUCUCUCUAUUUCGUAUUAGGACUAUUAUGAAACAUGAUGGCACGAAAACAGACAAACUAGAAAAACUCAUGGUGCGAAUAGGAAUUUUUUCAGUAUUGUACACCGUGCCAGCUACAAUAGUAAUAGCAUGUUAUUUCUAUGAACAGACUUUCCGUGAUGACUGGAUGAAGUGGUGGUAUAGCACCAAGGCUUGCAUAGCCUACAUAUUUCCCUGCCCAAGUGUCUACAGUUCAUCCAAGCCAGACUUCAUUGUAUUUAUGAUUAAAUACCUUAUGACCCUUAUAGUGGGAAUCACAUCAGGAUUCUGGAUAUGGUCGGGCAAAACUAUUGACUCUUGGAAGAGAUUUUAUUCAAGGAUUUUCUCUCCUGGUGCAAAGAACGAAGCCAUGGUGUGAUGCUUGGCAACAUGACGUGAUGUUAUAAGAAGGCGCUUUGAACAACUUCACAUGUUUACUGUCUUUUUAUCAUUAUAGUUAUUGUUACUGAUAACAUGUUUUAUAUACAGAAUGUAUUCCGCCAGUUUUGAACAGCUUGCAUGACUUCUCUAAAUAACAAGAUGCACUUUGUUUUUACAGAGAGAAUAUGGGUGUUUCUACAGAGAUAAAUAGAAUGUCUGUUCAGUUUCAUUUAAGUCAACACUGCAUUGAAAGUUACACAGCGGUAUACCUGUAGUUCAUCCUCUAGGUACUGUCUGUCUAGGCAGGUGAACUGUUGCAAUGCUCUGCAGCUGGGAAGGGAUGUUACACAUUGAUCUAAGCAGAAUAUGUAAAGCUGGUAUACAAACACACU